AUGGGUCACCAUAUCGCAGCACGAGCUUAUGGUUACGUGGACCCUAAUUUCCCCAGUCCUGGCGGAAAAAAUGAUACCUAUUCGAUCAUCUAUGGCUAUACGCCUUCCAUAGAGGUUGCCGCUUUUGCGGCGACCUGGUUCUUUCUUCAUUUCGUCUGCCACACGGUGCGAACGAUUAGAGUCCGCAGCUGGUGGUGGAUCCCCUUUUCUGUGGGCUUGAUCUUCGAGGUGAUUGGAUACAUCGCGCGAUCGCUCUCGGCGAAGAAGAACCCCUACAAUCUCAUUUACUUCAUCCUCAACUAUUUCUUUAUCGUUGUUGCGCCCGUGUUUCUCGCCGCUGGAAUCUACACGGUUCUGUCGGCUUUGAUACCACGAGUGGGAAGGAAAUACUCAUUGUUGCCCCCGAAGGUCAUCCUGGGUUUCUUCAUCACUUCGGAUGUCAUCUCGACAGUAGUUCAAAUCGCUGGUGCCGUUCUUAUCGGUGUUAAAUCGUCCCGUCGGCAAGAUCCCACGACGGCGAAUAACAUCCUCCUAGGCGGCCUCGCAUACCAAGUCUUCGUGAUGACCGUCUUCGUCAUCCUGGCAGCGAUAUUCCAGCUUCGAGCACGGCGUGCUCUCAAAGAACAGGGACUUGGGAUCUUCUGUCUUGCCUUCUCCGUUUCGACCCUCAUGCUUUAUCUCAGAACCGUUUUCCGUCUUGCUGAAACUGCGCAGGGGUUGAUGGGGGAGCUGCAAUCUAACGAGGUCUAUUUCGCAUGCCUUGAAUUCGCACCUGUUGCGCUGUUGGUUCUUCUCCUGGCUAUCUGGCAUCCUGGCCACUGUGUGGGCGUGGAGCUGCGACAUUCUGAGAAAGCAUAG